AUAACUAGGUGCCUCUGUUACUCUGUAUCUGCGCCUCACUGAGAGGGAGCGAGAGAGAUGGCGGGCGUGGGCGCGUUCUGGGGCACAAGAGUGAUGGAGAUAGUGAAGAAGCACGAUUCCGGCGGUCUUAUAUGGAAGAGAAUAAAGCUCACCUCAACCCGCAAAGCCAACGCCAAGAAGCGUCUCCGUCGCGUUUGGCAGAAUGAUGCGGUUCUAAAGGCAUGUUCUGAACCACCUCCUUCAAAAUCGUCAGUGGCUGGUGCUAUUGGAGUUGCUGAGAAGGAAAUUGGAAGCACCGAAGCUAACUGAGGAUGUGUGAUCACGAAGAAACUGAGAUGAGCAUACAAGGUGCAUUUGGUGAUUUGUCAACUGCUGUUGCCAAAAGUUCAUAUUUGUUUGUUCUUUGUGUGACUAAAAUCUGAGACUAUAAAUGCCCUAUCAUUUCUAUAGCUUCAUAUUGUAGUGUAUUCUUAGUCAUUAGGGGAAAUGCAAGUACUAUUGUUAUUAUUUUACAAUGAGCAUCAACUAAGUUAGGAAGAAUAUUUUAAAACUGCGAUUGCUGAAUGUUUGAUCUUAAAACUUCCGGUUGUUUGA